AAAAAACAUGUGUAACGUCAAUAUUGUCUCAAAUAAACAAUAACACAAAAAUAUUAUUUCUUUAUCUGAAAUUUAUACAAUUAUUUCAAAUUAUUAGUACAAUAUUUUGAACACCAAUACACCCUUUAAUUGGAUAAACUACACACAGUUUGAAACUGGAGUGAAUAUAUUCUAAUUAUGUUUGAGUUGAAAGCUUGUGCAGUAUGUUUUAGUACAAACUUGAAGUUAUUUAUUAUGGAUGGUGGCCACUUGAGACAUGAUUAUAAUACAGUUUCCGGAUUACAGACAUGCAAUGGUGAUGGCCUGCCUAGCUACCUCUGUGGGGAGUGCUGUGGUUAUGUCACACAUUUCAUGAAGUUCCGUAGAAAAUGUCAGAGGGCAAAUUUCACUCUACGGGAAAUGUUAAAUAGAAAUGUUGAAAUAACUGAACUAAACCUUGAUAAUUUGAACUGUGCAGUGAUUGAUAAUGAACCCACACUAUGGUACAUAGAUCCAUGUACAACACAUUAUGAAGAAGUCACAUUUCAAUCAGAGGGACGAAAAAGAAUAACUGUGUUUCAAACGGACCACAUUCCUGUUGUCCGCUAUAACAUACUUCCAAAUGAAGACUCAAGCAUGAUUAAAAAGGAAUCUUACACAAAGCCAGUAAAGAAAGAACACAUUAUAACUGAUACUAUUGAUGAAGAUAAGCCUCAGAAAUUUGACUGGAACCAAAAUGGUAUAAAUAAAGUUAUAAUUGAACUAAAUAAUGAUAGUCAGGGACACAAUGAUACCUUUGAUAGUAACAAUGAUGCCUUUGAUAGUAAUAAUGAUGACAUUCUGAUUGAUAAUGAUAACCAACAAAGUUUAAAUAAUGUGUCCCAAUUAACCAAUAAAAUGAUUGAAGUGUCUUUAGAGCCCUGUAUUAUUGAAGAGUAUGCUAAUGCAUAUCCAAUAACAAAGGAAGAGGCUCAAGCUGCACAUGAGACACACAAGAAGCUUAGCACUGGAAAACAUCAAUGUCAAGUUUGCAACAAAGCCUUUUCAAAUCAGAAGUGCUUGAAAGUACAUUUACGAAUGCAUGACAAGCAUACACGAGGUUCGUUCCUCUGUGAUCUGUGCAUGUACUACUACAGAACAGAAUCUCUAUUAAAAACACACAUGACAGAAAAACAUAUGUAUAAAUAUGUAUGUAGAAAGUGUUCUGAAGUUACUUAUAAGAGAACAUCAGCAAAACAACAUUAUAUCAAGUCACAUUUACUCGGUCAUGAAGGCAAACCCAACUGGGUAAGUAAUAGAGGUGGUAAUCAAAUCAAAAGUGAAGGCGGAACGCGACCAGUGCGAAAGAGGACUAAAUUACCCGAUGACUAUCUAAAGUACACUCCAAUCAGUCAAGAAGAGCAGUACAAACUUAUCGAGGAUCGAAAAGAGACUAGAAAUUAUAUUGAUUCAUUAUAUAAAUGUGGAUUCUGCUACAGAGGGUUUAGGGUGGAAAAUACUUACAACAAACAUAUGAAGAAACACGAUCAAACAUAUGCGGGGAAAUAUGAAUGUGACAUAUGCAAAUUAUGUUUCCAGAGCGUUCAAAAGUUAUCCGGUCACAUGUAUAUUACUCACUUGUUCAAGUUGUCAUGCCAGAUGUGCAGUUUUGUUUGCUACAACAAGAGCCUAGCACAGAUGCAUUAUAGAUGGCACAAGAAUGUUACUUAUGACUGUCCACACUGCAAACGGGUUUUUAAGAAGAUGACUACGCGUUUAACACAUAUAAGAAUAUCGCAUCCGUCGACAUUCAUCUGCGAUUUGUGUGGACAUGGUUUUGUGAGCGAAACAGGAAUAUACUACCACAAGUUAAUUGCACACAAAAAUAAGGAGCUCGAGUCAAACCGAACCACAGUAGAAGAUGGUGAUACAGCUGCAGAGGCUGUAUGGGAAUGGACAGGUGAAAAGUCUGUUGGGGCGGCUGCGGGUAAUUCAGACAAAAACGCCUACGAAAUAAAUUCCACAGAAGAAAAAGUAAAAGUCGCUACAGAGGACCAGGGAGUCUCGGAAAAGCAAUCUCGCUUCUGUGCGGAGUGUGAUGUACUAUUUGUCAAUGAAGCGGCGUAUAUCACGCACCUCGGCAGCUCCAGCAAGCACACUAACACCAAUAAAUCCUGUCAAUCGAGAUAUGUGCGAAAACAGAACCACGCAGAUAAAUCCGAUGUGCAUAAUUUAGGACAGAUCACAUCCAACAACUGUGAAGUGUGUGGUCAGUUCCUAGUUAGCGACGUGCAGGCGGACAAACAUUAUAAGUCAGAACACCCUGGUGUGGACUUCCAUAAGCGUUUCAUGUGUGAAGUGUGUGGAUUCAUUACUAAGCAAUACGCAAACCUUGUGUUGCAUUUCCGUAAACACACGAAAGAGAAGCCGUUCAAGUGCGCGCACUGCGACCGAAGCUUCAGUAAUGGCAGUAACAGGGACCGUCAUGCUGUUACACAUUCUGGUGAAAAGCGCUUCCAAUGCCAACACUGUAACCGUCGUUUCAUGCACAAAGUUGAUUGCAAAUCACACAUACAACACGUCCACCUAAAGAUACCAUACCCUCCCAGGGAUAGGAAGAAUCGAAAACGGCGAAAGGAAAUUGAAGACUCGGUGGUAUCUGUCGAAGGAAUCAGUACGGACACUGCGCCGUGCCCUCAGUCGCUCCUUGAACUACCGCUCAAUCCUCGCGGUGAUUAUUUAAAUGCAUAUAUGAAUUAUACUGAUUUAUAAAUGGAAAGUACCUAGUUUAUUAUUUGUUGUUUUUUGUAUUUAAUACGAUUGAAUCUUUAUGGUUGAAUAUAAAUAUAUAAAAUUAUGUGUUUUUUAUAUCCCGUGAUUAUAUUUAUCUGUAUGUUGAAGUCAUAGUCAGUUUCUAAUAUGUAAUAUUGUGUUAUAAACUGUGGGUUAAACAUACCUAGGUACUCUAUAAAACGCAAAUUCUUAUCUUAUUAACUAUUUGUUUUUGUAGUCAUGUGACCAAAUAAU